CUCCAAAGUAGUCAACAAAUGGCACCACUACUUCUCCUCUUCAUCCUCCUCCUUCCUCACUCCACAACCUCAGACUCCAUUGGCCAAUACUGUGACAAAGAUUUCCAAUCCCCACAAAUCCAAACAAGCAUCACCACAGUACUAUUUGACCUCCAAACCAAAGCUCCAAUCUCCGGCUUUGCAACCUCAUCCGCCGGCCAAGACCAAAACAUAGUCUACGGUCUCGCACAAUGCCGGGGAGAUGUCAGCUCAGCUGACUGCACUUCAUGCAUAGAUGAAGCCACACAGAAAGUAAAAACCAUUUGUCCAAAGAAAGCCGACGUUAGAAUCUGGUAUGAUUACUGCUUCAUGAGAUUUAACACUAAUAACUUCAUCGGCAAAGCCGAUACCGGUUAUGCUGUGAUUUAUAUCAACGUUGAGAAUGCUACUGAUCCAGAGAGGUUUGAUGUGGAGGUUGGGUCAUUGAUGAGUAAGGUGAGGGAGAAGGCAGUGGUGGCAGGGAAUGGAGGGUUGGGACGUGGGAAGAGUGAGUUUACACCAUAUGUUACUAUCUAUGGGUUAGCACAGUGCACAAGAGAUCUUGAGCCAUUGCCUUGUGCACAGUGCUUGUCGUCGGCGGUGGAGAAGUUCCCGGAGUAUUGCCGGUACCGGAAAGGGUGUCAAGUUCUUUAUAGUAGUUGUAUUGUGAGGUAUGAAGUUUAUCCUUUCUUUUACCCUCUUGAUGAUAAUACUAGUUAUUUUGGUAAUAGUAAUAUUACUAGUGAUCAUGUUGGGCAGUAUCUUGUUGUCACUGUUGUUACUUAAGGGUUAGUUUUUUUUUUAAUGCAUGCAUAAUAUAUAUGUUGAUAAUAAUAAGGUGUUGUUUGGUCUGAAUGGUUUGUAAGUUGUAACUUUUGUUGUUUAUGCAUUUUCAAAU